GUUUAAUCGAAAUAAUUUAUUGUUCAUUUGUUUACUUCUUUUCAAAAAUAUUAAUUAAAUUAAAAUGUUGGUCUUGGUAUUAGGAGAUUUGCACAUUCCAUAUAGGAGCUCUUGUUUGCCAAGCAAAUUCAAGAAACUUUUAGUACCUGGUCGUAUCCAUCAUAUUCUCGUAACAGGAAACCUUUGUACAAAAGAAUCAUACGACUUCUUAAAGUCCUUAGCCGGAGAUGUUCAUGUUGUCAGAGGAGAUUUCGAUGAUAACCCAAACUAUCCAGAACAAAAAGUCGUAACUGUAGGACAAUUCAGAAUUGGCUUAUGUCACGGUCAUCAAAUCGUUCCAUGGGGAGCAGUUGAUGCACUCGCAUUAAUCCAACGACAAUUAGACGUUGAUAUUCUCAUAACUGGACAUACUCACAAGUUUGAGGCAUACGAGCAUGAAAAUAAAUUUUAUAUCAAUCCCGGAAGCGCGACGGGUUCAUUUAAUGCAAUCGACAGUGAUAAUGUUAUCCCAUCAUUUGUUCUCAUGGAUAUUCAAUCAUCGACUGUCGUAACUUACGUUUACCAAUUGGAUUUGCAGACACAGGAAGUAAAAGUUGAACGAAUUGAGUAUAAAAAGUAAUUUUGUUGGUGAUUUAUGUAUUAUCAGUUUGUUUCCCAAUCUAUUAUUGUGCUUUUUGAAUCUUGUGUGAUGUUGGGGUACUUUGCAGCAAUUUAGUGUAAAUUGUUGAGUAUAAAAUAUUUUACGUCAUUUAAACAAGACUUUUAAAGUAAAUUGACAAUUUUACAGACACAUUUUUAGAUCUUAUUACCCGAAUUGGACUUACUCAGUCUCAGCACUUUCUUCAUAUAAACAAAAUAUUCCAAUAUCAC